AUGUUGAGAUUUACUCUUUCUAUUCUAGCCGUGGUUUUCAUUGUUAAGUCAAAACAAUUCGCCGCAACCUCAACGGAUAAAACUUGCGAAAACCUUUCCCCAUCAGUGAACAAAUCGACAUGCAUCCCGGCGGGUCUGAAGGACGGUGUUCAUAUAUGCACAAGCAGUCAAAUUUGCUAUUUCGAUGCGAGCGAUCCUAAAGAACAAUAUCAUUGCUGUGAUGUCCAAAAGGAUCGAGUGUGCGAGAAAGGAUUUUGCUUCCAAAAACCCGACAAGGAGAAUGUUUGCGUUGAGCUGUGCCCCGAAUUACCAGCAACAAGAAAUCCUGAGACUGCAUUUGAACCUGCAAUCAACUUCCAGUGUUCAAGCGGUAUUUGUUAUACCUAUAAAGGAGAGCAAAACUGUUAUCUGAAUCUGUCCCCCUGUCCCGAGCUACCGAAAACAGUGAGAAAAGCGACGCAAACUGGACCUGCUAUUGACGGUGAUUGCAAGAAUGGCCUUUGCUUCAGAGUUGACGACACUGAUUCCUGUUUCCCGUGUGUCGAUGCUUCGAUCUCAUUCUGCAAAGGAUGGAAACAGAAUGGUUUCUGUGAUGACUCUCUCUUCUAUUCAAGUGCUGAUCGACGAGCAUACUGCCCAAAGACGUGCGGGAUUUGCAAAACGGGAUCGCCA